AUGGCCUCCAACUUGACGAGCUCCCCCCGGUCGCUGUCAACUGAUAAUUGGAAGGACCCAUUUAGGCGGCCAUCGGAACGCUGGACUAGGCUUAAUUGUCAGCCGGCAGAACAAGAGUCAAGCAUUCAGCCUGAGAGAGGAGAUGUCCCGGUGUAUCUAACGUGGGAGGAUCUCUGGGUGACUGCAUCGGACGGCAAAGGUUCGUCCACCACAAUCCUCUCUGGGCUCACCGGGUUUGCCCAGCCUGCCCAAGUUCUAGCCGUCAUGGGCCCAUCCGGUUGCGGAAAAACCACUCUCCUGGAUGUCCUUGCCGGACGAUUAACAUCUCGCAUGUCCAAAUCAGGAAUAGUUCUAGUGAAUGGGCAAACGCAGACACUGGCAUAUGGAACGUCGGCAUAUGUCACCCAUGAAGAUGUUCUGACGACCACAUUAACAGUCAAAGAGGCCAUCUACUAUUCUGCAGAGUUAUUGCUCCCUGAUUCGAUGUCUAAGUCUCAAAAAAAGGAGAGAGCUGAGAAGGUAAUCAUAGAAAUGGGAUUGAAAGAUGCCAUGGACACUAGAAUUGGAGGAAGGACCACUAAGGGCAUUAGUAGUGGGCAGAAAAAGAGAGUUAGUAUUUGCAUAGAGACCCUAACUCGCCCAAAGCUCCUCUUCCUUGAUGAGCCCACAAGUGGGCUUGAUAGUGCCGCAUCAUAUCAUGUUAUGAGCAGAAUUGUAAACCAAGCUCGACAAUAUGAUGGGACAGUCAUUACCUCCAUCCAUCAACCAAGUUCUGAAAUAUUUGAUCUCUUUGACAAUCUUUGCCUUUUGUGCGCUGGCAAGACGAUCUAUUUUGGCCCUAUAUCAUCAACUACAGAGUUCUUUACAACCCAUGGCUUUCCAUGUCCACAAAUGAGGAACCCUUCUGAUCAUUUUCUACGAACAAUCAAUAAAGAUUUUGAUAUGGUGAUCGGACAAAGUGGGAGCUAUGUUAGAACAAACAAUACAUCAGAAGCCAUUGAUAUUCUAAUAAAUUCAUACAAAUCAUCUAAUAUUUGCCAAGAUAUGUUGAGGAAAGUUGCUCAAAUAAGCAGCAUGGUAAGCUACAAACAGUUUAAUGAAGGAGAAUCGGUGAAGAAAGAAGAACAAGCUAGAUUUAUUACUCAAUGCUCAGUGCUUACAAAGAGAUCUUUCAAAAACAUGUACAGAGAUCCAGGCUACUAUUGGCUUCGACUAGCAUUUUAUGCUGCUCUUGGUAUUUGCUUGGGAACACUUUUCUAUGAUGUGGGAUUUGACUAUGAAUCAAUUCAGGCAAGAGGCGCAUUGUUGACCUUCAUAGCUGUGUAUUUCACUUUUCUGGCAAUAGGUGGAUUCCCUUCCUUUGUGGAAGAUCUUAAGAUCUUUUAUAGAGAGCAGCUUAACGGGCAUUACAGUGUUGUAGCAUUCACAAUUUCAAACUCACUCUCCUCGAUGCCUUUUCUUCUUCUAAUCACUCUCAUCCCUGCCACCAUUUCCUACUUCAUGUCCGACCUCCAGCGAGACGCGGACCAUUUCAUUUUCUUUUACCUCAUUAUAUACUCAAGCAUGCUCCUCAUCGAAAGCCUGAUGAUGAUAGUCGCCGCCAUCGUUCCUGACUUCCUCAUGGGCAUCAUCACCGGCGCCGGCAUCCAAGGGUGGAUGAUCCUAGCCUGCGGCUUCUUUAGAUUGCCAAAUGACUUGCCGAAGCCGAUGUGGGUGUAUCCAACUUAUUACAUUUCCAUUCAUAGAUAUGCAAACCAAGGACUCUUUAAAAAUGAGUUCAUUGGGCUAACGUUUCCAAGUAGUGAUAGUCAAAAUGGAGGGAAUUCUACAAUUGAAGGAAUUGAGAUAGUGAGAGAUUAUUGGCAGAUGCAGGUGGGUUAUUCAAAGUGGGUUGAUCUUUGUAUCUUGUUUGGGAUGGCAUUGCUUUACAGGUUCUUGUUCUGGGCUACAAUUAGAAUUGGGGAGGAAUUGAAGGCCAGGGAUCGGGUGGUUUUCAAGCAGAAGCAAGUUAUGGAACUAUCAUUAUCAAAUUUAGCUGAGAAUAUUGAUGGAGUUGGCUUCUUAGAAGAAAAGCAUAGUGAGGAUCGAGUAUAA